AAAAACCACGCCCAAAAAAGAAGAGGUGGGGAAAAAGAAAUAAAAAAGCCCGGGACAACCCGUAGCUCUCAAUUCCCAAAUACUAAAACUCGUCUCCGCCCCUCUCAUGGCGAAUCCUCCGCCUGAUGGAAUUCACGACGACUUCUUCGAACAAAUCUUCUCCAUGCCGGCAUCCUACGCCACUGCAAGGGACGGCGGGGCCCUCGGCUACGGCGAUUCCUCCGCCUCCUCUGGGUUCUCCCUGGGUCUCAGCUUAGACAAUCACCAAAAUCAGCAGCAGGGACAGCUAGAGGACGGCGGUAAGCGUAUCCUCAACGACGAUGACCAGCACUCCGAUGGGAGGGAGCCCCCGGUGCAGCUGGCGAGCUUGUUCCCGCCCUUUGGACACAGCCCAGUUUCUCAAGGACGGCCUAACCCUCCUCCUUUCCAAGUUCUAGCAACUCAUGGCACAGUGAACGCAGCUCCACAUCAUCCAGCUCCACGGCCGAGAGUUCGGGCAAGGAGAGGCCAGGCCACCGACCCUCAUAGUAUCGCAGAGCGACUACGGAGAGAGAGGAUAGCAGAAAGGAUUAGGGCAUUGCAGGAGCUAGUACCGACCACAAACAAGACAGACAGAGCACUCAUGCUUGAUGAAAUUGUAGAUUAUGUAAAAUUCUUGCGACUCCAAGUCAAGGUUCUAAGCAUGAGCAGAUUAGGUGGUGCUGGUGCUGUUGCGCAGCUGGUAGCUGACAUCCCCAUGUCCUCAGUUCAGGUUGGAGAAGCGAGCGAGGCAAAGACCACGCCCCAGGUAUGGGAGAAGUGGUCAACUGAUGGCACAGAACGUCAAGUAGCAGAACUCAUGGAAGAGGAUAUCGGCGCUGCGAUGCGAUUCCUCCAGUCCCAAGCCCUUUGUAUUAUGCCAAUCUCCCUCGCUGCUGCAAUCUACCACACGCAACCGCGGCCUGAAGCCUCAUCAGUCAAGCCCGAGCCCAGCAACCCUUCAUAGACUCUGGAACCUCCAUCCAGCUGAUGAAAAUUUUGAGAAAGAUCCCCUCGCCUUUUGCUUUCCCUUUCUUUUUUGUGAAAGGCGGUGGUGGUGAUAGCAACAACAUUCCAAGGAAAAGAAUCCGCUGAUGUAUUACUCGCUUUUUGGGAGGGAAGGUGAGGGCUGAGAAAGGUCGUUGCCCGCCCUUUUAUUUUGCUUUUCGGGGGGUUAUAGUGCACUAAAGGAGGAUCACGCUUCAGUGGUGGGGAGCCCUUUUGCUUUUGCUAGUGGAAUUUGGGCCCAAGUAAAAGUCUAGGAUGCGUGUAGGUAGUAGUCUCAUGUUUUGUCUUUCGAUCGAUAGAAAUGGUCAGAAGGCUAAAGUGGUUGCUUAUGAUGGUGAUGGUGAUUGUGGAGAUAAUAAUCUUAGGCGAUGGUGGUGGGGGCGGUAGUCCUCUUUGUUGUUCAUAUUAGUGAUGAUGGUAUUGGAGGGCUGAGUCGAAGAAAGGUAGAAUCAUAUGCGCCAUAGCCUGCUUGAUAGUGGCGAAGGUUGUUUCUAUUUUUCUUUUUUGGUUUCCUACAGGUCGUUCCUUAUGUAGACAGAGACCUGAGCUAAAUGUGCAGCGCCUUUCCUGCUGUUAAUGUUUUCGCUUCGUGUUUUAUAUGUAAAUCUGGUCGGUCGGCUUGAUGCGUUUCAAUAA